AUGGAUGUAAUAAAAUAUGGAAAGACCGAGGACGAGAUCCAGAGCUCCCUGCUAUUGGAAGCCGCCCAGGAGGGCAACGAAGCCUUGGCAAGGAUUUUGUUAGAAGAAGAGGGCGCAAAUCUGAAAGCGAAGACUCGAAAUGGGCAGACUGCGCUUCAUCUUGCAGUUAAUCACAGUCACUGGCAAGUGGUGCGCCUUCUCGUGGAAAAAGGCGCCGAUAUCGAAGACGUCGACGAUAAUGGCAACAAGCCUCUCUACCUUGCAGCGGGGACUGGUAAUCAGGCUAUGAUUGAUUUGUUGUUGCAAUUCAACGCAAAUGUCGAAUCGCUCAAUGCUGAAAACAAGAGCACGGCGCUUUAUGAGUCUGUUCAGAAUGGGCAUAUUGCCGUUGCCAAAACCUUGUUAGACGGAGGGGCAAGUAUUGACAUGAAAGUUUCAGAUGGUUACACGCCACUCUUCAGCGCUGUUAGACACGGCAGGUUGGAGAUUGCUGAGUUAUUACUUCAGCAUGGAGCAAACAAACGUAUGCGAGUCAACGAUGGCAGAGCAGUGGAAGAUCUUGCGGGGGGCGACAAAGCGAUGUUAAGUUUGCUGCAGGCUCCUCCACUCAUCCAGGGACCAACAAUCUCAAAGAAUGAAUCAAAUUUUCGUUUCGCUCAUAUUCCAUGCGCGCCUGGACAAGAGCAAGAAGAUGAGUUGAAGGCUUGCCAUGGCUUUGAAGCAAGCAUAGUGGACUUUCAUAUUCAGGGGCGGGAACAUAGAGUCCAAAUGACAGCCUCCGUUUACGAUGUUCUCUAUGGCAGAGGACCGGAAGCAAUUAUGGGUUCCACUAAGAACGCUGAGAUGACUGGAGAUCAGCCUUCGUUCAGGUGGUAUCAUCUGCCUGCAAAUAAUGCAAGUCGUCUUCCCUUAUAG